GUCUCUUUCAUUAAUUACAUCCAUGUAGCCUCUGGCAUUGUUAUCCAAUUAUUUGUUGGGCUGAUAGUUUAUAGCAUAUUUAUUUGCGUGGCAUGUAUGACUAGAAAGGAAUGCUAGAAAUUUUUAAAGGCACCUUGAUGGCUCUAAACGACUAAUGGGAAGGGUUCCUGCAUCUUGAUUCCCUUGUUCUUUUCAGAAUUUUUCGGGGAAUCUAUUUGAUUAAUAUGAGUGGGGAUUCAGUUGCAUAUUUAUUUUGUCAAGUUCUUGUUUUUAUCUUUCCUUUUUGUCAUUUCCCCCUUUUUGGAUUCUUACUUAUUUAGGAGGCUCUCUUAUCCUUCUCUCAUGUAAUUAUAUUCUUCUGUGAGGCUUCUUCGUCUUUUUAAGGCCUAUUUUUAACCUUCACUUAGACUUAGUAAUGGUAAUGUAAGAUACAGAAUAAUAUAUAUGUAUAUAUAUUUUGGAAUUUAUGACCAAGUUUGGGUUUUAAUAUGUAUCUCUCUUGUAUAACUUAUAAGCACAAAUGACAGGAAAUAGCUUACUGGAUCUCCUCACAACUAUCCAUAUUCUUUUCAUUAACUGUCAGUUGUAGUAGGAGUAAAAGGAACUAUGCUAUAUUUGCUGUUAGGCUCCUUAUUUUUUAGUAUUCUGAUAUUCUGAUCGCUUUGCUGGAUUUAUACAUUGAGUUGAUGAAUUAGAUUGAUGAUAUAAUAAUCCCAUUAUGAUGAGAAGUUGAGAACUCGGUCUGUAAUUUUAUCAUGUCACUAUGUUUCCUUAAUCUUUUGUUUGUUUUGGUCAGGCUUUUGUCUUGGAGGACUUAGGGAAUAGGUUUUAGCUUUGCUCCUUCAUCGUUGCAGUUUCUCUUAUUUGUUGUGCUUGUUACAUCACUGGUGAUGCAUUAAUUCAGAGAAUGCAAAUGAUUUUAAUUUAUUAUUUUCUAUCUCAAAUUUUUAAUAUUAUAGUACAAAGAAAAUAAAUGUCAUAUGUCAUAAGGAAUUUUGGUUGUUGUGAGCAACUCAACGGUAGAUUGUUUGAUGAGCAAAUUCAAGGGAUGAGGAUUGCACUUUGACAUGUUCCUGGGGGAAGUAUACGGGCUCGAUAUGAUCUAUCUAUGUAGAAGUUGUUUCAUGCUUUCUCAGAUUAUGUCUAUCUAUCAAAUAUGGUUACAAACAGUUAGUUACAGUUAAUCAAUUCAAUGUUUCAAUACUGGUUUGACGUUUAUUGAUUCAGUUAUCAACAAGACGCAUCUUACAGCAUGAAUCAUUGCAGAUGCCUAAGUCCCCUUCAAGCGAUUUUAUUGGGAUGCUUUUUCAUUAGGAAUGUCUUGUGGGUGGGUGGAAGAAUUUUGCUUGAAAUAUUGCACGACACGUGCCUGCAACGAAUCAAAAAGAAAGAAGCACUAUCAUGUAUGUGUAUGUGUGUAUGUAAAGUUAAUCUUCAAAGGACAACCUUCAUUUGGAAUCCAUGCUGGUAUGCAGCAAAGAAUAGACAUGGUCGAGCGUGUUGUGGCGGAGCUGCUGGUCAUUGGAAGUUUGGCAUAUGCUGUUGCGCCACUGGCUUCCUCGGCUUCGAGGUUGCUUUUUGCUUACGGCGACAGGAGGCCAUGUUCUCCACUGUUCUCUGUCUCUGUUGUUGAUGGAACAUGACAAGCAUAAUUUUUUAAAAACGUGGUUGCUUCAAUAAUCACCUUCAGAUAUUGUUUUGAGCAUAAAUAAUUAUACUGUACGAAAUUUUAGAGUCUCUGUUGAAGCAAUAAAGAGAGAUUGAUGGAAGAUAUCAAUCUCAUUGCACAGAAGAUUCACAAAGUAAGCAUGAAAAUGAAGGAAAUUCAAGUUCAAAAUUUUGACUAUUUCAUAGCUUGAAGUAUAUGAACCUUCACGCCAUGAAGUUGGGGCUGUGGUGAGAGGCGGAAGGUAUGUGAACCUUCACGCCUUGAAGUUCAAAAUUUUGACUUCAUUCAUAGUUUAGGUAUUUUUUUCGACAAAUGAGGGGAUCAAAUGAAUUGAUGACAUGUGGCUUGGUAUUUUUUUUUUCAAGUCAAACAAUUGGUCAAAUAGAAGGAUGUUAGUUGAAAAUAAAUGGGAGGUGCCUGUUGCUCUGAUUUUAUUA